UCCCGGUCAGUACUCAGGGCAACUGGUUUACGACUCAGGAUUUUACGAGCUCAGCAAGGAGCAGCAAGAGUUUAUACGACCAGGCAGGAUUGCAAGCGGUACUGACAAGAAAGGAAACCCACAUGGCGGUGGUAUCAGGCUCCGAAACUAAUCGAAACGAUGACUGGCUCGAGGUACUACGCAAGUACAGCAGGUUCAAUACGCUUCGAGCACCUUCAGUGAUUGGACACUACUCCCAGGUUUGUAAUGGUGAUGUGUUCAUGGAUAAGCGCGAAGCUUGUCGCAGCGAGACGGUUCCCGACGGCGGCUUAACAUCACUAUGCUGGGAUUUGAACAGAGGUCUUAAAGAGUUCGAAUGGAGAGACAGACACAACACGAAAGCUGAUGGCCUCAAGCCUGUUCUGAAAUGGAUCUUGCACAAACUGCGUAACCCAGGUAACGAUGAACUGAAACAGUACCCGAGGCCGAGUGCAGCGGAAGUCACCUUCGUCUUCAAACGAGCUGUGAUGACUAGAAUCCUAACUGCACCCUACGCAAAACGGGAGUCGACCGGUGGGUGGCGUCUUAGAGUGUGUCGCUUCCAGAAUACCAUCUAUCUGUGUAAUGAUAAAACAUUUGGUCGCUGGAGAGUUUGGACAGAAGAAGAAAAGGUCAAGAUCUACAGGGGCUCUGGCUUUGAAACGUACUUGACAUCUCACAUUCAGCCAGUGGAUCCCAGCAGCUACAAGCACAGUGAAGCUGCAGGAUAUGUAACUGUCGUGUUAACUGAGCUAGUUACAGAGCAGUCAGAGCAGAGCAAGCGGACAGAGCCGAGUGCUUCCAAGGCUCGCUUGUUCGUACUGGCUGCAGAAGUGGAUGGUGAAUUGGAUGGUCGAUCACACGAAUCACCACCUAGAAACUAUGUGGAGUUGAAGACUUGCCACCGCAGGCAUCAGCUAGGAUCGAGGGAGUACUCGCGAAGUUUUCGUGCCCACCAACUGCUGAGAGCAUGGGCGCAGUGCUAUACUGUCGGUAUUCCUAGAAUCGUGUUUGGCUUUUACGAUAACAAAGGUAUCGUGAGAAGUAUCAGCACUUUCAAGACGCACGAACUGCCUGGCAUGUGCAGAGACGUUUGGUCUGAUGCGGUGUGCCUGAACUUCGCAGACGACUUUGCAAAGUGGCUUGAGAGAUGCAUCGAGGAGACAGAUCCUCUGCGAGAGAUGUACGAAGUUACAUUCGAGCCAGAACACUCUAAGAUGCGGCUUCGCAGAGUUGAGAUAAACGACCGUCGCCUGUCAAUUCUCACUCCAGAUUUUGUUGAGGAAAUGAAGCUGCAGGUGGACGGUUCAUGAAGGGCGGUUACCAUUCGUCGAGACAUAACAUGGGGUAGAGGCACACGUUUUUGGAAACAUAUUGUUGCAGUUUUCUUGGCUCUCUUCACCCAGCUAGACUGAUUGACCAGUAUGGGUCUUGAUCAGGGUGUAGUAUAUACGUAUACCAUUGUGCAACUCAACAUAGCAAACUGUUGCGUUUUCUUUUUUGGAGAUUGCUGUUGUUGUUGUUGUAUUACGUGUUCUGUUUCACAUCAAGCAGGCAAUAUCUGC